GUCGGUGAUAACCCAUUAAUCACUUAAGACUGACCCAGCCGGUGAUAUUUCCAUAUUUCUUGCAGUCCUGAGUCUUCCACACCCUUCUUCUCCUAGGAGCCACCCCACUGCUGGAAAUUCCCAUCUGAUAUUCACCUAUCCUGGCCAUGCAGCUGCCAGGGCUCUCAUUCUGAUCAGUCCCUUUGCCAUGGACGGUUAUGUGAUCAUGACAACGCCGGUACAUAGGUAUGUCAGCCUGUGGGACUUCGACGGCAGCGGGACGCAGGAACUGAGCUUCAAGGCCGGCGACCGCUUCCAAGCCGUGGACCGGAGCGGGGACUGGUGGCUGGUGGACAGGAUUAACGCCCUUGGUGGUAAAACCGGCGAGCAGGGAUAUGUGCCCUUCAAUUAUAUGGCGGAGGAAGGGACGAUGGAGGAGCAGCGAUGGUUCUUCAGAGAACUCUCCCGGACGGAGGCCAACAAUCUGCUCAUGAAAGGCGGGAACGCCGCCGGAUCCUUCCUGGUCCGCCAAAGCGACAAGCAGGACUUCGAUUACGCCCUCUCAGUGCGAGCCACUGACGGGGUGAAACACUUCAAGAUCCUGCGGAACUCCCAAGGAGAAUACCACCUGAAUAGCUCAUCGCUCUUCCCGGAUCUGGACAAGCUCAUCGAAUACUACCAUGACAGGCCGGUCAUAAAGGGGGUGACACUGACCAAGCCUUGCGUCAAGGAUGAGCCAAUGGCCACCGACUUAAACCCCUUACCCUUGGACGAGUGGGAGAGACCCAAGGAGGAGUUUAUCCUUGGAAAGAAACUGGGUUCUGGCAAUUUCGGGCAGGUCCACGAAGGCUACUGGAAGGGGCGGGUGAAAAUGAGAGUGGCCAUUAAAACCAUAAAGCAAGAUGUGACCAACCGUGAAAUCUUCCGGAAGGAAACGGCGUUUCUGAAGACGCUGCGCCACCGUAACCUGCUUUCCCUGUAUGCCGUGUGCUCGGUGGGGGAUCCAUUUUAUAUAGUGACGGAGCUCCUCUCUAAGGGGGACCUCCUGCACUUCCUGAGAGGCCCUGAAGGAGAGAAGCUGAGCGUUGAAGGGCUCCUGGAUAUUGCAGGCCAAGUCAUAGACGGGAUGCACUACCUAGAAGCCAAUAAUUGUAUCCACCGCGACCUGGCUGCCCGAAACGUGCUGAUUGGCCUGAACAACAUCUGCAGAUUGGCCGACUUUGGCUUAGCCAGAAUUAUCACGGACGAUUGCUACAUGUCUUACUCUAAGGAUGUCCCGUACAAAUGGACCGCCCCCGAGGCCCUGGAGUAUGGACGCUUCACCAUAAAGUCCGAUGUCUGGUCCUUUGGUGUCCUCUUACAUGAGAUCAUGUCUCGUGGGGUGAUCCCGUAUCCAGGCAUCUCUAAUGCCGAACUGCUUCUGUACCUCAAGCAAGGCAAAAGGAUGAGCGCACCAGAGAACUGCUCCAGAAAGAUCUACGAAGUCAUGCUGGACUGCUGGAACGCCAAUGCGCAAAAGAGGCCGUCCUUUAAUGAACUGAAGAUCUCCAUGGACAGCCUGGCCUUCUAUGAGCCAUCUGAGGAAUCCCCCAAACCCGUCAAGCUCAAAGGCAUUAUAGCCAGGCUGAAGAAGAAUGCCAAUUGACCAAUGGCAGGACAGUAAAGAAAUCCGAGGCCUUCGUACGGAC